AUGCCCCGGGCACUUGCAGUCAGGGAGCCCACAGAAGUUCUGAAGGACGUCUCAUCUCGUGGCUUCCUGUUGAGUCCAGCAUCCCAGCAUCAUCUCCCCAUGGACAUGCUGAAGCAAGCAGAGGGACAAAGAAGCUACAGUGACAAGGAAAGAUGCAGCUCGAUUCAGGGUGAAGGGAAGAAGUCUAGAAUACCCCGCUUUAGACAGCAAACUGAAGGCAGCAACAGUGACGAGCUCCUGGCAAGACCCAGAUGGCUGGAUCAGAAUGUAGCCCAGAUGAGUCUGAUUGAAGCCAAGAUGAGAUUCAUUCAAGCUUGGCAGUCUCUGCCUGAGUUCGGCAUCACACACUUCAUUGCGAGAUUUCAAGGUGGCAAGAGAGAAGAACUUAUUGGAAUUGCAUACAACAGAUUGAUUCGGAUGGAUGCCAUCACGGGAGAUGCCAUCAAAACAUGGCAGUUCAGCAACAUGAAGCAGUGGAAUGUCAACUGGGAGAUCAAAAUGGUCACCGUGGAGUUUGCAGAUGAGGUCCGGUUGUCCUUCAUCUAUACUGAAGUAGACUGCAAGGUGGCCCAUGAGUUCAUUGGUGGUUACAUAUUUCUCUCAACUCGGGCCAAAGACCAGAAUGAGAGCUUAGAUGAGGAGAUAUUCUACAAACUCACCAGUGGUUGGGUGUGAACAGGAAACUGUGUAAAGAAACUGCACAGCCAUAACAAUAUUUAACUUUAAAGCUAUUGUUUCUUAUAUGCUGCUUAAUAAAGUAAGCCUGAAA